UUCUUCGUUGAGUCGCCGUGGUUUCCUGCUUCAACAGUGCUUGAACGGAACCCGGCGCUCGCCAACCUUCCCCCAACCAGCAGCUACCAGCCAGCCUUCUACCACCUCCUCACAGCAGCGCCCUCGGACGCCACAAGGCCCCCGCCGCCGCUCCAGCGCCUCGCAGCCGCCGCCACCGUCUCUUCUCAACCGCCGCCAUGACGACCGCAUCCCCCUCGCAGGUGCGCCAGAACUACAGUCAGGACUCGGAGGCCGCCGUCAACCGCCAGAUCAACCUGGAGCUCCACGCCUCCUACGUCUACCUGUCCAUGUCUUACUACUUCGACCGUGAUGAUGUGGCUCUGAAGAAUUUUGCCAAAUAUUUUCUUCACCAAUCUCACGAGGAGAGGGAGCACGCUGAGAAACUGAUGAAGCUGCAGAACCAGCGAGGUGGCCGAAUCGUCCUUCAUGACAUCAAGAAACCAGACUAUGAUGAUUGGGAGAGCGGACUGAAUGCAAUGGAGUGUGCAUUACAAUUGGAAAAAAGCGUGAAUCAGUCACUACUGGAACUGCACAAGCUGGCCACUGACAAGAACGACCCCCAUUUGUGUGACUUCAUUGAGACUCAUUACCUGCAUGAGCAGGUGAAAUCCAUCAAAGAAUUGGGUGACUACGUGACCAACCUGCGGAAGAUGGGAGCCCCGGCGUCUGGCCUGGCAGAGUAUCUCUUUGACAAGCACACCCUGGGAGACAGUGACGGAGACAACUAAGCUUUAGCCUGCUGCCCCACAGCCACAGGGGUGACUUCCGUGGCCACCAACACAGCUCAUGCAUGUUGGGUUUACCUUUACCUUUUCUAUAAAUUGUACCAAAACAUCCACUUCAGUUCUUUCAUUUGUACCAUUCUUUCAAAAUAAAGUAAUUUGGUACCCA